AUGCAAAAGAAGGAACCCGUUUUUGACUUUGAAAAUUUCAUCACAACGAACCUCAAGUUGAAGGAAAAGGAUGAAAUCUACUGCAAGCCUUUUCAAAAGUCCCAAUGCUUCAAUCCCCGCUGCCAAAAAUUGCACGUCAAGUUGGAUAAGGCCGUGGUGUGCAAGCACUGGCUGCGUGGCCUGUGCAAGAAGAACGAGAAAUGCGAAUUUCUGCACGAAUACAACCUAAAAAAGAUGCCCGAAUGCUGGUUCUUCUCUAAGUACGGUGAAUGUUCAAACAUUGAGUGCCAUUUUUUGCACAUUGAUCCGAACAGUGAAAGCAAGGAGUGCUUGUGGUAUAAAAGGGGGUUUUGUAGGCACGGGUUGAUGUGCAGGAACAAACAUGUGAAGAAAAAACUGUGCUACUCGUAUUUCUACGGGUUCUGCAUUGAGGGACCGGAGUGCAAACUCGGACAUCCCAAGGCUGAGCUGCCCAUUAAUAUGGAGCAGAGAGGUAUUGAAGAGAAGGACAUCAUCAGCAAGCCUAAGCCGCCAAUUGAUGCCGAUAUUGAGCAGGUUCUUUGAGGUAUAGCAGCCGAUUUGUCAUUCAGGGUCCAACCCUGCACACAAAUGCGGGUCCACCGCACGGUGCUAAGCAAAUAACCUGUAUUUUAUAACGCGAGCUCAUCGUCCCAACCAUGGUUCAUUAUCUUUGUUGGAUCGCUGCCCACAUGUUGACAUUAAAUAAAACAUUCUCAGCA